AUGUUUAAAUCGUUAGUUCGAACUACACAUUUAAAAAUUGAUGAGGGUGUUGUAAAAUGUAUAGAUCAACAGAGAAAAGAUUAUAUUUCUAAAAUACCAAGAGACAAACUUAUUAAAAAUUGUAAAAUAAUAAGAGAAUUAAAUGUAAGUUUAAUAGAUUUGAGACAUUUGGAACGUUGUUUAGCCCUUUGUCCAUCAGUUGUAAAACGUAGAACUUUAGUGCUUAAAGAAAUGGGUGUGCAAAAUCCAAACGUAAAUCAUAUUUAUCGGUUUCCAACAUCAAUGCGCAGAUCAAUAAAGCAAUUUAAAAAAGUUCAUAAUAUUCCACCUACACAGAAUAUUAUGAACAAUAUAAUUACUAAUCUAGGUUUUACAAUUAAUAAAAGUAGUCUGAAGGAAUUUAAUUGCAAUGUAAGAGCAGGCGAUUAUUAUCAUUUUUGUAUGAAAUAUUUUAAAGCAAAUUAUCUUAAUUUAAAUAGUGAUAUAUUUCAUAAAACUAGAAAGAUUAGAUAUCAAAGCUUUCAAGAGGUUACAGAAUUAUUGAACAUAUUGCAGACUAAAUACAAUUUUGAUCACAAAUUUUUAUGUAAACAUGCUUUCUUGCUCAAGCAGGAUAAAAAUAAUAUUGAAAGCUAUUUGUCAGAAUUUGAAGAUGUUCAUGUUGUAGGUAAAUUAAACAUAAUCGAGGUAGCUAGGAAGUUUCCUCGCAUAUUAUGUUAUCCUUCAAUUAAAAUUAAAGAAUUAUUAAUGCUUUGCAAAAAGUUGGAUAUACCAGGUGUACCUACUAUCUCUUAUUUGCCUACUGCAUGUAUAACCAAAGAAGUAUUUCUUAUUAGAUACCUAAACAUAUUAAGUAGUUAUGAAUUAAGUAUUUGGGCAAAGCAUCCACGUGUAUUAAAGUUGAUUCAAUAUUACAGUAUGGUUGAAACGCGAGUAGAAUAUCUUAAACUUUGCAAUCGCAUAUUUACAGCAACUAUUCAUACAUAUUUGUGCAGUGAUUUAAUAUUCAUAAGAUACGUACAAGGUAUUUAUAACCGUUCAGCUCACGUAAAGUAUAUAAUAUAUAUAUUAUGCAAAGAAUUUGGCGCCGAUAAAGCAUAUUUAGUAGAUCAUAUUAAAAAACACAGCCAUUGGAAAACUGUGCCAUUAUUGCUAAUAUCAAAAACAAUAGAAUAUCUGAAAAAGAAUUAUUCAAUUAAUGAAAUAUGUGAAAAUAUUCAACUCAUUUUGUAUUCAGUGUCUGCAAUUAACAAAGCAAUGAACACAAUAAAUGAAGAAUAUACUUCAGAUAAAGGAUAUAAUUUUUCUGGUAGUCAAUACUUAGCAUUAUGUUUGUACAUUUUAGAAAAGGAACAUCAUUUUAAUGGGGAUGCGGUUUGGCAAGGAAUGGAUACUACAGUAGUAACUGCAAGGUCAAACGUUUCUACAGACUUAAAGAUUUAUGAAUAUGAAGAUGUAAUUAAAAAUCUAGCUACCAACGAUAAAGCAAUACAAAAUUUAAACGAAAUAGCGUGGCUCGAGUAUUUGUUAAGAUAAUAUACAAUUACUAGACAAAUAUAUAUUCUUUUGCUUGAA